AAUGGAUUAAGAUUUGUUUUCGUUCAAAUAAUUCAGAUUCAACGUUAUUAUAAAGAAAAGACAGACUUAUCUGAUUAAAUAUUAAACUGUUGUACUGUUUUUAUGAAGUAAAAUUUUGGUUGUAAAACUGGACUGAACAAAAAUGGAGUCUUUUGCACGGCUUUGUCUUCGAAACAAUAAAGCAACAUUAUUAUUAACAAGAUGUCAAUGUAGGAAUUUUGUUUCAUCUCCUAAUGUUAUGACACAGCUUCCAAAAGAAUUGGGUUUUGUGAAGUUUUCCGCCUUCGCCAACGUGCCACAACAAGUUCGUCAGAUUUCAACUGACAAAAGCAGACUAUUGACAAUUUCCAAUGAUCAGAAAGAAAAAGAAAACGUUAAUAACAAUGAAAAUGAACAAAUCAUAAAUGAAGAAUCUUUGCCUCACUUUCGAGAGCGUCACCAACAAGAAAAGAAGGCGACUGAAAGUGGUGCAGGAGGUAUGACACCAGUCUCUAAAGAUAUUGCACAUCCUGAUAUAGAGGAAGCAUUAGGAAUGCAUGAGGGUGGAUAUAGACUUCCUCAUCCAGUUUGGAGUACUGAAGAACUGGAGUCUGUUAGAAUAACACAUAAACCACCUGUUACAAGAGUUGACAAACUCGCAUAUUUCACUGUAUCUACACUUAGAAAAGGAUUUGAUUUAUUUUCUGGAUAUACAUGGGGAAAAUACAGAGGAACACUACAUGAAAAACAAUGGCUAAAAAGAAUCAUAUUUUUAGAGACAGUAGCAGGUGUUCCUGGUAUGGUUGGUGCUAUGGUGAGACACUUGGAUUCUCUACGCAAGAUUAAAAGAGAUCAUGGCUGGAUUCACACUCUGUUAGAAGAAGCAGAAAAUGAAAGGAUGCAUCUCAUGACAGCAUUACGUGUCGCUCAUCCAGGAAUUUUAAUGCGAUUGACUAUUGCUCUCGCACAAGGUAUGUUUGUGCCAUCAUUUUCUAUUGCGUACCUGAUAUCUCCUGCAUUUUGUCAUCGAUUCGUCGGUUAUUUGGAAGAAGAAGCCGUUAAAACAUAUACCACAUGUUUACAAGCUAUUGAUGAGGGUGAAUUGAAAAUGUGGUGCAGAAUGAAAGCUCCAGAAAUAGCUAUUGAAUAUUGGAAGUUACCGCAAGAUGCGAUGAUGAGAGAUGUGAUUCUUGCGAUACGUGCUGAUGAAGCUCAUCAUAGAACUGUCAACCAUACUUUGGGUUCGAAGAAAGGGGAUGAGAAGAAUCCAUACAAACCAGGAGAGUGAAUCGAAUUUAAAAUUUGAACAUUAGAAAACAUAUUUUUGUAAUCGGAAGAAAUGGUGCAUGUUUUAGGCAAGCCUGCAGGAUUGGGAUAAUGUAGUCAACUUUUGAUCAAAAUUGGCUUGAAUCAAGUCAGGUUCACAUGUCCAAGCGAUUUGUGCCAAGUCACAACUCGACUCCAGUAGAGGCUCUGAAUGAAUUUCUGAGUAAUCUGGUUUAUAUAUUGCAUGUUUAAUUUUCAGAUCAUUCUUAGAAUAAACUUUAUUCCAUUUAGUGUAUUUUAUAUUUUCUUCAGGGAACGGCCACUCUUUUUUAAAUUCCACAGCUUUUUCACUAUAAGUGCAAACUUAUAAAUGAAUAUCAAUGAAUAUUUCAAUUGGCCAUAAAUCGAUUUUGAUAAUUUUCAAUUCUAUCAGUAUUGUUUAUGUAUUCCUAGGCUUACCAUACGUCCCGUUUUAGGCGGGACAGUCCCACUUUUCACAGUCUCCGUCUUGUCCCGGCGUCCCGACCGGUCAGCCAAAUGUCCUGCUUUGGUGUUAAGACAGCAUAAUACACAAAUAUCACUAUUUAGCAUGUUCUCGUUGCUGUGUAGCGUAUCGGUAGCCUACUUACUGAAGGUGGAUGCGUGAUUUUGUUUGUUUCGUCGUUUUCCGAUAACAUUAUUAGCGGAUAAUUGCUACAAUUUAUUAUGUGUAAGCCCCGUACGCCAAGGAGUGCUUAACAUUAAUGUAAAUUCCUUUAUAUUUUUUGAACUAGUUAGACAGACAGCCGAUGAACUCUCAAUGACAAUAUAGUCAAUGAAGACAGUCGGGAUGGAUUUAAAUGUAGGCCCCUAAUGUGAAAUCGGUAAAUUUAAAGUUGAUAAAAUCACAGCUAUGGUCUUCGGAGGUGUCCCGCUUUGUCGUCACAAAAAAUGGUAUCUCUAUGUAUUUCUGAAAUACUGACAAUCCAAUACUGACAAUCUUUAUCCAACAUUAUAAAGUUACCUCAACAAUUGUGCAAUAUACACAAAGUUAUAUAGAAUACAUUCACACCAAAAUUGAUCCGUAAUAUGGUUAUUAAUUCCUCUGUAACUCAAAACCAUUUAAUAUAUUAUUAUCGGCAGAUCUUACAUGCGGAUUUAUCGAAUAUUAAAAUAUAUUCAUAAUUGUAAACCUAUCUAUUUGAGUUAUUUUUUGUAUUCAUACAUUCUAAUUAUGCUUUAUAUUAGACUUUACUAUUUUUCUCUGUAUUAUAUAUAAAAUCCUCUCCUGCAUUUCCUGACAUGGUAUAUGCUACUGAUGUCAAAGUUGUGGAUACUUAAACAAUCUGAAUAUUGUGCAUCUUUUUUAAUCUGUCAUUCAUUAGAUAUUUAUUGUAAGUGUUAAUUGAAAGGUGGUAGCUGAAAUUAGGCAGAUAUGUGGUUCAACUACUGAGGGAACGCUGACUUGUUUUAUCUCGAAUCAUGUGAAAUGUAUUUAUAAUAUUGUCCCAGUUCUCAACGCACCGACUUUUCAAGCUCCAGCUGUAAAUGCCAGGGGUGUGUAACAUGAGUGCACUGAAUGGCUUGGUGGGUUGUGGCCCUUGGGGCCGCAUGUGGCACACCCCUGGUAUCGACGGUAUUUGUGACUGAAAGUGGUUGCAAGGCUUCUUGUAAAUUGAGGAUUUCCGCAGAAGAAAAUAUUAAUUGUUUUGUAAGGAUGAAAUUCGAAUAGAUUUGUGGUAUUAUUGAUUGUGGUAUUAUUGACUGAUUACUGACAAAUUAUUUUUAUUGUGCUUCUCUUUUAUUCAAGUGUAUGUUUUGAUAUUUGUAUACUUUUUGUAACAUAAUUACUCUUGUAAUUUUUAUUGAGAUGGAUAUUAAUAUGAUGAUGAAGAAUAUUGCAAGUUA